UCCCUUGCGGCUUCAAAAGGUCUCUGCGGAAGGCUCCUCGCGCUCCGGAGACGCGCGGGCGUGAUAUAAAAGGGGGUCCGGGCUGCAGCUGAAACCUCGCAGACGCGGCGCCAGGAGGAGGAAUCGGAGACCACGAGGCAUCGCAGCGCCAGACCUCCCCAGAGAUGCUGAGACGCCAAGGAAGCAGUCUUUGGGCUGCCCUGGGCAUCCUGCUCAUCCACUUGGUGGGAGGAGCGCCCAACAACUGCCUGGACAGCGGCUGGUGCCGAGACAUGGAGACGGAAGCGGAGGUCGAGGAAUGCCUCAGGGCCUGCAGAACCGGCCUCUCGGAAGAAACCCCUGUUUUUCCCGGAAACGGCCACCUGCAGCCGCUGUCCGAGAGCAUCCGCAAGUACGUCAUGAGCCACUUCCGCUGGAACGAGUUCGGGAAGGGCAACGGCACCGACCCGGGCCACAAGCGGGAAGAGUUUCCUCACGGCCCCGCCAUGGAUGCCCUUCCGGCUCGAGGCAGCUGGGAAACUGCCGGGCAGGGCGACCUGGAGACCCUUGAGAGGCAGGAAGGCAAGCGGUCAUACGCCAUGGAGCACUUCCGCUGGGGUAAGCCAGUGGGGCGGAAGAGGAGGCCCGUCAAGGUCUACCCGACGGCGGAGGACGGAGAGGAGGAACUGGCCGAGAGCUACCCCCAGGAGUUCCGCAGGGACCUCUCCUGGGAGGCGAACCCCGAACUCGGCUCUCCCGAGGAGAACGGCGAGGGCACCCGGUCCGAGGAGGAGGAGGAAGAGGGUGGUGGCCCCCAACCCUGGGAGGCCAAGAAGGAUGGCACGGCCUACAAGAUGCGCCACUUUCGGUGGAAUGUCCCUGCACCGCCCAAGAAGAAGCGCUAUGGCGGCUUCAUGAGCCCCGAGCGCAGCCACACGCCCCUAGUGACUCUUUUUAAGAACGCCAUCGUCAAAACGGCCUACAAGAAAGGCCAAUAGGAGGGUGGGGAGAGGGGAGGGGAGGGGAAGGGAGAGAGAGAGAGACCAGGGACAAAAAGCACCCCCUAUAUGUUCGGGGUGGUGGAGACCUCAGAUCUAGAUCCCUUUGGCACAUGUCUCAUUUAGACCCUGUUAAUGAUAAUCAUUUCUUUUCGUUGUCCUCACUUGCUCUGGGUAACUGUGGAACUCGCUGCUUAGGAUAAACAUUCGUGUUUGCAUUCUGGUUUUUGGGUGUUCAUGUUAUUGUGUUUUUUGGGGGGCGGGGAGGAAAGGUUUGUUUGGCGAAAGAUUAAGCCAGGAUUGGCCAAUCUGGGUGCUGUCCAGAGGUUUUGGACUACAAGUCCCAUCAGCUCCAGCCAGCAUGGAUGAUGGGCAUUGUAGUCCGAAACCUCAGCAGGGUGCAGGUACGGCCGAGCCUGGCUUAAUCUCCCAUCUGUGGUGUCUGCAGAACAAAGCAGGAAGGAAGCCUUAUCUUUCGGAGGGGCGCAGAGUAUUUUCGUAUUUCGAACCAGCUGUACAAUACUGUAAAUGAAAGGGUUAAAAGAUAUAAAAUAAUAAUUCUGAGAAUAACAAUAAUACAUCUUUUUGCAAACUAA